AUGGCACAUCUACUACCAUCAGAUUGUCUACGAGAGAUAUUUAAAUUUAUGCGAGAAAUAUCAGAAACAGCAGUUGAAGAAAGAAAGUUAUUAUUAUCAUGUUUAUUAGUGAAUAGGCUCUGGUGUGAGACGGCCGUAGAAAUCUUAUGGCGAGACCCUUGGAGAUUCGGAAGAUUUUCCAGAGAUCAAAUAUAUUGGAAACCAUUAUCAAGGACAAUAUUUUCAUGUUUAUCCAAAGAACAAAAAGAAUUAAUUAAAAGGAAUAAUAUAAGUUUAUCAUUAACGGACAAACGACCGCUAUUUGAUUAUAUACCAAGUAUACAAUUUUUAUCUAAUGAUCACAUUAAGAAGGUCGUAGAGAACAUACUGAUGACAGGGGUUAAAUGUUCGGACACGUUAUUUCAUUAUAACGCAAAUAUUCUUGAAAAUGAAUUAUGGAAAUUAUUCAUGAAGAAAUGUGUUACGGUGAGAUAUCUUCAGCUACCAAAUACGCCUAUUGUUCAUUUCCCGGGAGCGAAUCAAUGUUUAGCUGCAUUAAGCGAGUUUGAAUGCUCGGCUUAUGCGCCAAUAAAGUUAUUUUUAGAUUUAGCACAAGUUUGUAGAAAUAUCAAAUCAAUGAUUAUUGAUCCAUGUGGAGAUGAUAAUGAUGGAUUGGAAACAUUAAUUUGCCUACAAAAUAAUUUACAACACGUUAGAUUGCAUUCAAUUGAGGAUGAUAAAUGUCAAAGGAUUGGUGAAGCGUUAAAAACUCAAUCAAAAACCUUAACAAGUUUAUACGAGUCUAGUAUUUGCAUACCUUCCAAUAUCAUUGCUGAAUUAAAUAAUUUAAAAAGCCUAAGUAUUAUGAUUGAUGAGUUGGACACAGACUUGGAUCAGUUAGGUCUUAUUGAAUUACCGAAUUUGGAGGUAUUGGAAAUCAUGAGUUCAGCGUAUCAACCUCUAGAUCUUUAUACUUCACUUAUAAAAACCACCAUCGGAUCUUUGAGAAAGAUUGUUUUUAAAACUUUUCCACCUCCUUCAGAAGUAGAAAUACAACCGUAUAUUCAAACGAUAAUUAACCAGUGUCCGAAUAUUGAAGAAAUUACACUUUGGUAUAUUGAAGAAAUUUACCCUGAUCUGGAACAAUUAUUAUCAUCAUCUUGUGAUGCCACAUCUAUUUUCGGAUUACUUAUUAAGAAAUCUUCUCAUAAUUUGGCUCAAUUGAAUUUAAGUGGUAAUUGGAGAUUUACGGUUAAUGAUUUAGAAGGUUUCUUGAAAAUGUGGAAAGGUAGAAAGCCUUUGUCCUUAAAAUUGACUUGUGAUGUCGUUAUCACUACAACUUAUAUGGAAGUCUUGGAUUAUUUUACAUCCGUUGGUAUUUUAAAAAGUUGGUCCCAGGGUUGGCCUGAAUGUUGA